CUCCCCCCUACGGUCUACUUUUCUACCUCAGAAAUCUCUCGCACCCUAAGCCCUAAAUUCAGAAUCAAUAAAUAACUUUUUUUUCCCAGUUAGAACCUCAUCGCAAUGAAUGAAUCAGAGCAAAAUUUCAGCCUCGAAGAAAAAACGCUAAGCCUUAUUGAUGUCUCCUUUGAAGACGAUUGCCUUUAUAACUCACCUUCCCACGACUUCCAUGUCCGAUUCUCAGAUACUAAGAUAGGGGCCGAAAAUAACUUGGGUUUUGCGGAAGCCAACAAUACGCAAUCCGUGCUGGCCUCCUUUGACGGGGGAGAACUAGGACCUGAUCCUAUUAAAUCAAUGGAACCAGAAAGGGUGAAAAAGAAUACAAAGUAUAACUUGCGCAAAAGCUUAGCUUGGAACAGUGCUUUCUUCACAAGUGCAGGUGUUCUGGAACCGGAGGAGUUGUCUAGCAUGAUUGGAUGCGAGAAACAUAUGUUACCCGGGAUUGAAGAGGAUAUCCAUACAUCUAGUGAUUCUAUAUCUACAUUAGCGAGUGACAAUUUGACCUUGGUGAAUCUUGAGGAGGCUGACUUGUUUGGAGAUAUAAGAGCUUCAAUCCAGCGAUCCACUAAAGGGCCUGGUAUGGAAAAUUCAAGUAGCAAAGUGGGUUCUCCAAUAACAGAAAGCAAAACCAUCCGAUCUUCGGAGAAAGUGGAUGUUGCUUCUCGAAAUAGGGUACCAGCUUCGGAGAAAGUGGAUAUCGCUUCUCGAAAUAAGCUAAAGGCCAAAGCUGCUCCCAACAAGCCAAAUGCAAUCAUGGAAGGAACAGAGAAGACCGCAAAGCAGUCUGUUCCUAUAAAUGGAGAGUCAAAAUCUCUUUAUAGGCCGCCCAAGAUAGUUGGCAGAGUUGUUCCCAUUUUAGCACCAGCCACUAAGAGAGCUUCCUUGGGUGCCAACCGUGUCAAAGUGGAAAGGGCCAAGGAUAAUCCAGAAAAUGCAAAAAAAAUAGCUGGUAGAGGGGCAAAAGUACCUGCUUUGAGUGGUCCCAGAAAUGCUGUGCCUAGGCCGACAUUGCCUGUUAAAUCUUCUUUGCGAUCUUCAUCAGCAAUGAAGACUGCGCUAACAGCUUCUUCCUCUAUCGAUAGUUCUGGAAGCUUGUCAUCAGACUGUAGCAGUAAAUAUUCAUUAAAUUCUGUGAGAAGAGAAAAUGACUCCAGAACUGGCAAUCAUUCUUCCUCUGGUUCAAAUGUCAGAACCACAUUGAAAUUCCCAUCAAGAAAUAAAAACCAGUCAGCAUGUUCUCAUCUCUCACCUUAUUUGAAAUCUGUCGCCAAGCUCUCUUCCAGCAUAUCACCUGCUAGCUCUAUCAGUGAAUGGUCUUCGGCAUCAUUAUCACCGAUUUCUACCCUUAAUAAAAUGUCUAACAGUUCAAGAUCUAGCUUUGACAUUAGCUCUUGCAAAGAUGCUUCUGGGGACAGUGAUGCCUCCCAAGUUUUGGAUUCUCAAAACCAUUUAAAUGACGAAAACUCUGUUGGGCCUGGUACCCAAGUGGGAUUGCUGGGUGAGAGUGUAAAGAAAGCUCCUACAGGAAGUAGUUCAGUUCUCCAUCCAGAUUCGGUUAAACCCUCAGGCCUUCGUUUGCCAUCACCCAAAAUUGGUUUCUUUGACGGGGCGAGACCAGCUGCACGAACUCCAAAUAGAAGCAAGCAAUCUCAUACAGCUAUGCCCAGUGGCUUGUCUGGAUUUAGGGCAGGAAGUGUUAGUCCAAGUGGAGGGUCAAAAAAUGCAAAGCUUGGAAAGCUUCAGCCUGCUAGAACAGCGCUUCGGGGUACCAAAAUUAGUGAUCAGGCAGCUGCCAUGGGCAUGAAAUCUAAAUCUCCCUCACCUCUGCAGGAAUCCUCAAAUGCAGCACCAAGGGCCUCCAGUGCUUUGAAAAACGAGAAACACAGUGCUAGCAAAUCUCUAAAAGCUCAGAACAGAAAGUCAUUUCAAGGUGAAAGAAAAAGUAAUUUGAAGGCAGAGAAAAUUGGCUCAGAAGAAUGUGGCACGUCUCUGAAGGAUACAGAUAGUGGUUUUACUGAAGGGAAUGGGAAUGCCUGUUUUUUUAUGGAUAAAAACGAGACAGAGAGCAAGAGUGAUGCUCCUGGAAAAGAUACUGAGAUUACUCUCGGCAAUGGAUUGCAUGAUCAGACUACCGGCUUGAGUUCUAUUCCCAAGGCUGAAAGUAUGACCUCAUUAGAGAAAGUAGGUGAAGAUGUGGUAUGUAGCCAGAAUUAUAUCAAGAGUAGUUUGCCUUCUCUUCACGGCACUAAUGAGAAGAAAAAAGCUUCUACUGAAGAUCAAGUUGAUGGUUUGACCAAACAAAUUGGAGCUGUAGAUUUUUAUAAUGAGUUGCACAAAGAAGCCAUAGGUGAUUCUCUUGCCCUUUCUCAAGAUGAUGUCGGUAGAGUUGCUUCUGGUAUUCAGGAGGAAUUCAAACAGUUGUCAAAGCCUACUUGCUCCCCAAAUCCUGCUAUGGCAUCAAAAAUCGUGGAAGCAGAGAAGGCAGAGGCAGGAAUUGAGAAAGCUUCUGUUGAAGACCAAGUUGAUGGUUUGACCAAACAAAUUGGAGCUGUAGAUUUUCAUCUUGAGAUGCACAAAGAAGCUGUUGGUGAUUCUCUCUGUCUUUCUCAAGAUGAUGUCAGCAGAGUUGAUUCUGGUACUCAGGAGGAAUUCAAAGAAUUGCCAAAGCCUACUUGCUCUCCAGUUCCUGCAAUUGCAUCAUCAAUGGUGGAAGCGGAGAAAGAAGAGGCAGGAAUUCAUAAAGCUACCGCUGAAGACCAAGUUGAUGGUUCGACCAAACUUGGUGAUUUUCUUUCACUUUCUCAAGAUGUCAGAAGAGUUGAUUCUCAUGUUCGGGAGCAAUUCAAAGAGUUGUCAAAGCCUUCUUGCUCCCACACUCCUGUUAUAGCAUCAACAAUGGUGGAAGCAGAGAAGGCAGAAGCAGGAAUUAAAGAGGCUUCUGUUGAAGACCCAAUUGAUGGUUUGAUCAAACAAAUUGGAGCCUUAGAUAUCCAUCCCAAGGUGCACAAAGAAGUUGUGGGUGAUUCUCUUUCCCUUUCUAAAGAUCAUGUCAGCAGAGUUAAUUCUUGUAUUCAGGAGGAAUUCAAAGAGUUGUUGAAGCCCGCAUGCUCUCCCACUCCAGCUAUGGCAUCAACAACAGUGGGAGGACAGAUGGCAGAGGCAGCCACCUUGCUAAAUCCAGCAACCACACAUGGAAAAUCUGAAGAUGGUGAAACAUCCUAGCAGUAAAUUUCUCAAAGGCAGGUGUUUACAUGGAUACAAUUCUUAAUUUACCAUCUUAUUAGCUGCUUCGCUGCCAUGUUUGAGAAGGAUCUGACAGCUUCACUCCAUGUUUCUUGUUAGGGUUUCCUGUUGGAUGUAAAUUGUGCAAGUGUGUGCAAUUCAGACUUACAGGUUCAAACAUGCGAUAACGGGAGGACAGAGAUCUUGUUGUUCGAAUGUGCAUUUUAUGCCCACAUGUCCAUUUUUAUAUCACUGAUAAUUCAUUUGUUUUUUCUAUCUUUUUUCCCUAGUUUUUGUCUAAAAUUUUUGCAGCAACCUCUGGGGCUGUACAUGUUAAUGGUCAGUGCUUGUAGCAGCUAUAUUUCCUUCUAUUGACUCUUGUAUAUUAAACACGACUCCAAGACAAGAAAAGUGGAAACUAAUGCAGAAUGAUGUUUUUUA